AUGUCAGUGGCGGCCGCGGAGGCGUCAAUGCGCGGCACCGAGACGGCUGGUGCGAAGCCUGCUGCGCGGCGGCUGGGCCGCGUGCUGGUCGGGUGCCGGCGGCGGGCCGCCGUGCUGCUCCUCGCGCUGGCCUACGCGGCGGCGAUGCUCGUGCUCACCAUUGGCGUCAGCGAGGGGUUUGGACCCAGCGGUGCGGUGGCGGGCGCGCUGGGGCUGCGCGCGCAACCGGCGUCCCCCGGGUCCGUGUACCGCAGCCACCUCGUGUUCGAACGGCUCCUCCCGGAAAUGCGCGCCUUCGCCUCGCGGCCGAGCCCGUUAGUAACAUCUCAUUACAAAAAGUCUGGAAAGCAAUGGGAACCUUGUAUCAGCAAGGGGUUGAUACACUCAGAGUUACCGCCUUCAAAUGGUUUCCUCAUAGUUGAGGCAAAUGGUGGCUUGAAUCAACAACGCAUUUCAAUUUGUGAUGCUAUUGCUGUGGCCAAAAUUCUUAAUGCAACUCUUGUGACACCAGCAUUUCAUUUGAAUAGCGUUUGGCGUGAUUCUAGCAAAUUUGGUGAUAUCUUUGACGAAGAUCACUUCAUUGAGUCGCUUAGAAAAUAUGUAAGGGUUGUAAAAGAUCUUCCUGAAGAUGUUUUUGUGCGAUUCAACCAUAAUAUCAGCAUAAUACCAAAUAUGAGAACCAAAGCUUUCUCACCCCCAAGUUACUACCUACAGCAGGUGCUUCCAAAAUUGUUGGAGCUAGGGGCUGUGCGUAUUGCCCCUUUCUCAAAUAGACUGGCCCAUUCGGUUCCUAUGAAUAUCCAGGCAUUGAGAUGUUUGACAAACUAUGAGGCACUAAGAUUUUCUGAACCAAUAAGAAUUCUUGCAGAUAAUAUGGUUGACCGAAUGAUCAAGAGGAGUUUUUUAACUGGUGGGAAGUACGUCUCGGUGCAUCUUCGCUUUGAAGAGGAUAUGGUAGCUUUUUCAUGCUGCAAAUAUGAUGGUGGUUCGAAGAAGGAGAAUAAUGCAAUGGAAAAUGCUCGUGAAAGGAGCUGGAGAGGAAAUUCCACCGACCUGGUGAGUGAUAAAUCCUGA